AUGUUGUUGUUUAUCGAGAUGCAGGGAGCAAAGUUGAAGCUGGACACCUUCAUCUACAAUACUGCAAUUCGCGUUUACGGGAAUGGUUGGCUUGCGAGUUACAGCGAUGGAAUCGUCGCUGGAUGGCAGCGGGCAUUAUCGUUGUUCAGAGAGUUGCAGGAAGUGCGGUUGGAUCCAGACAUCGUUAGCUACAAUGCUUGCGCCAGAGUUUGCGGAGCAGCUUUUCUGUGGCAGCAGGCGCUGCUGUUGCUGAGCGAGUCGUGCAGAGCGAAGGUGGAGCUAGACGUCUUCAGCUUCGGUACAGGCAUUUCUGCAUGUGAGAAGGGGGGGCAGUGGCAGCGGGCUUUCUCGCUGCUCGGCGACAUGUGGGAAACGAAGGUCGAACCUACCAUCGCAUGCUACAAUGCUGGGAUAAGCGCAUGCAGCAAAGGGGGACAGUGGCAAGCAGCACUGUCGCUGUGGAGGGAGAUUGCGGCGGUAACACUUGAGCCGGAUGCUGUCAGUUACAGUGUUGGAGUGAGCGCGUACGGGGAGAGCGGCCAGUGGCAGGCAGCAUUGUUGUUGUUCCGAGAGCUGGGCGCGAAGCUGCUGCCCGACGUCUUCUGCUACGAUGCCGCAGCCACCGCGUGCGGAAAGAGUGGGCAGUGGCAGCAUGUGCUGGCUCUGCUCAGCGAGCUGCGCGGGGCGGAGCUGGAGCCGCGCACCAUUCUACACUGUUGGGAUCACCGCCUGCGAGAAAGCCCAGCAUUGGGAGCAGGCGCUGGCGCUGCUGGGCGAGCUCCAGGACGCAGGGCUGGAGCUCGACGUCUUCAGCCUCAGCGCCGGGAUCAGCGCUCACGGGAAGGCAGGACAGUGGCAGCAGGCGCUGUCGUUGCUGAGCGAGGUGUUGCGGGCGAGGCUGGAGCCCGCCAGCUUCGCACACAAUGCUGCGGUCAUCGCCUGCGGGAGCAGCGGGCAGUGGCAGCGCGCAGUGUCGCUGUUGAGCGAGAUGUCGGAGGCGAGGUCCGAGCCAGAUGUGUUCAAGCUAUGGUGCUGGAGUCAGCGCGUGUGGCAACGCCGGGCGCUGGCGACAGGCGCUGUCUCUGCUCAGCGGUCUGCUGGAGUCGAGGCUGGAGCUGGACGUUAUCAGCUGCACUUCUGGAAUCGCCGCGUGCGGCGAGGGCGGCCAAUGGAGGCACGCAUUGGCGCUGUUGGGCCAAUUGCUUGAAUCGAGUUUGA